GGAGAGAAUCACCCUUGAAUCCUUGAUGGUACAUUUUUGGCAUGUACUCUGUACUCACAAAGGGAAGGUCCUAAAGAAAGGAGAAGGGGGCAUUCCAGCCGCAACUGCUGAGGCUGAGGCGCUAUUCAACUCAUCUUGCUGCCGGACUCCCCGGCGACUGCGGUCGGCCAUGAUGCUGCCGGGACGCCUUCUUCUCGCUGGGCUCCUGCGCUCAGCCUCCACCGCUUCCUCCGCUCCUCGAAUGCCAAAGAAUAUGCGCUGUUGGGACAGAUUUACUUGGAGUUCAUGUUAUUUUCACAGCACGAUUGAUAAUACUUCCAGUAAAGCAGGGCUAACAGCUAAGGAGCAGCUAGACCCCUUAGCGCUGAUUAAACAUGAAGUCUCUGAAGUAACAGAUCGAUUGCGUUCAAUGGUGGUUGCUGAGGUGCCUGAACUGACAUCAGCAGCUGGAUACUUCUUCAGAGCUGGAGCUGAAGGGAAAAGAACUUGUCCUACUGUUCUACUAUUGAUGGCUUCAGCUAUAAGCAUGGAAAUGGCUGAUGGCUUAGAGAAUAGACCUCGUGCAAGGCAUAUGCGUGUUGCUGAGAUAACUGAAAUGAUUCAUAUAGCAAGCCUUAUUCAUGAUGAUGUUUUGGAUGAUGCUGAUACUAGGCGUGGCAUGGACUCAUUAAACUUCACAGUGGGGAAGAAGCUUGCAGUGUUGGCUGGUGAUUUUCUACUUUUCAGGGCAUUUACUGCUGCUGUGUCUCUUGACAAUACUGAGGUUCUAUCAUUACUAGCAACUGCUGUAAAUAAUCUUGUUACUGGUGAGCUUAUGCAGAUGUCAAUAACUCCAGCACAGCGCUGCAGCAUGGACUAUUAUUUGCAGAAGACAUACUACAAGACAGCUGCGUUGAUUUCAAACAGUUGCAAAGCUAUUGCUGUCCUCGCUGGGCAAACGACAGAAGUACAAGCUCUUGCUUAUCAGUAUGGCAGACACUUGGGCAUAGCAUAUCAGUUGAUCGACGACAUUCUCGAUUUCACAGGCACAUCAGCUUCACUUGGCAAAGCCUCCUUGUCUGAUAUCCAUCAAGGAAUCGUGACAGCUCCCAUACUGUUUGCGAUAGAAGAGUUCCCCGAACUGCAUGAGAUUGUUGAGAAGGGAUUCGAUGACCCUUCAAAUGUUGAGAUGGCCCUGAAAUACCUUUCAAAAAGUCAGGGAAUCGAGAGGACAAGGUUACUUGCUGCUGAACAUGCAAAACUGGCAGCGGACGCUAUUGAUGGUCUUCCUGAGAUUGAGGACCAAGUCAUCCUUGACUCGAGACAAGCGCUCAAAGAUCUUACUCAAAAGUUCAUGAGAAGAACAAAGUGAAUUGGUGAAGCAGAAAGUGUGAAAUUGGUUAAACAUGCCAGCAGGCAGUAGAAUUAUGCAUCGUGCAUGUUUUUGUUGCUGAACAGUUUGUUAUGGUGACUGAUGAAUUUCAGGAGGUUUGGGACAAGAGCUUUACCUCUCUUUCCCCUCCAUUCUUCGCAGCAGUAAAAUUGUCCAACCUUGGUGAAACCAUUCAUAUAUAUAUCUGCAGAUUGCGUGAUGAUAGG